ACCUCUGGCAGGAGACACUGCCAAGCGACGAGCAGGCAAAGGGUCCAACAACGUAUUAGGAGAUGCAUUCUUUGGUCCUUUUCCUCUUUGCUGCCUGCUUGCCCCCUGUUUGGCUGAUGGACCAGAAGGCUCUGGAUGAAUUUGUGAACCUUCCUGACCCUCACUAUAAAUAUACCUUCGUGAAGAAGUUUUUUUCGCCAAUCACUACUAAUAUUAUCCUCAAUAUGACCUCCCAGAAGUGGCUGAAUGAAUCUGAAGUGGACAAACCAUACUGGAGCCAUGAACUGACAAUUGUUAUGUUCGGAAGAAUGAGACAUUUAAGAGACUCAUGUCUCCUUAUACUCCAGCCUGGUCAAAAUGAUAUUUCACCUCUAACUAGUCCUUUCAACGGGGCUGAUAUUAUUCUAGCAGCGAUGAAAUCAAAAUCGAUCGUAGCUGUGCUGAAUCCAUUUCCUUCCCAACCACUCACCUUCUAUGAUCAUCCUUUAGGAUACAAGAACAUCACCGGAUAUGAUACAGUUGCAUAUUCAUGGUGGAGGUUUAUGAAUGACCCAACUGCACCUCCACACUGGCUUGUGCAAUUCCCGAUGGUCAAGGCCGCAGUGAGAGCCAUGGACACUAUAACACACUACAUGAAGAACAAUGAUAAUAAAGUCAUUAAAAGAUUUACAUUGACGGGCAUUGCGUUGGGUGGCUGGAUCUCCUGGCUGACGGCUGCUGUUGAUAAGAGGGUUGAAGGAAUUGUACCCAUUGCCAUGGAUUUCCUGAAUUUCACUGAGAGUUUCCACCACCAAUACCGAGCAUAUUGCGGCUGGUCUUAUAUGCUGAAACCCUUCUAUGAGAUGAAUAUAACACAAGAGUUGGAUAAUCCCCGUUUCAGUGAUCUGGUUCAUCUUGUGGACCCCCUAGCCUACAAUGAGCAAUACGCAGACAUAGCCAAGCGCAUAAUCAUUUAUUCAGGGGAUGAGUUCUUCCCGCCUGACAACUCACGUUAUUACUUUUCUCAACUGGAAGGUACAAAAUAUCUUCAAAUCUUGCCAAACUCUGAUUAUGGGUUUCAAGAAACAAAAGGAAAAUAUUUCAUAACUUUCAUCCUUCCCUUCUACCUCAGAUUGGUGGAAAACAGCAAGGAAUACCUUCCCAACGUCUCCUGGGAGAUGAAAAUGACAAACACCAGUGGGACUAUCAUUCUACGUACCUACAAUGUCUACAGAGUCUAUUCUUAUCAUGCUGACACAGUUGGGGGUACCAGGCGAGACUUCAGGAUGAAGAUAGCAGCUGGCAACUCUUCUAAAAACAACCCUGUAAAAUGGAUCAAGACUGAAUUGUGGGAAACAGAAAGAUAUCAUUAUAGGAAAGAAAUGUCAAUACCAGCAAAAGGAUGGAGAGCUUUCUUCAUUCAGGUUGUGUACGCUACAAAGAUGAUUGUAACGUCAGAAAUGCUCAUCAUGCCGGACACUUUCCCAUGCUCUGACUGCAAUGGAGAUGGAUGCCGCGGUACACUGGUCUGA